AUGCGCCAAUUUUAAACCGCCGGCGGUCAAAAUGUCAGGGAAACGUGUUAUCGAAAGACCAAAGAAAAUUGAGGAAAGCGCCGACCCUGAUUUGAUUCUAAUCAACAGACAAACACCAUAUGUGAAAGUACAGUUUUUAGAUGAUGGCAAAACAGAAACCUAUGAUUCAGCGUUCUUAAAUGAUGAAAUUUUAAAUGCAGAAACAGAUGAAAAGCUAAAUUUUGAUGAACUUAAAAUUGGACAAACUGUGGCAGCAUUAUGGAAGAACACCCACCACUAUUUGGCUGAGGUGCUAGAAAUAAACAGAUUAGGAAAAGAUGAGAAACAUAAAAGCAAAAAGAAAGGAAAUAGGAUAUUACAAGCUGCCCAUAAUACAUUUUCAUCCAGUGAAUCAGACGAAGAAGAAGAAGAAAACAAGCAAAAAAAAAAAGAUGCAAAAGAACUCCAAAAACCAAAGACAGUGAAGAAGACCAAAGAGAAAGAUGAAAGAAGACAAAAGAAAAAGAACAGAGGGAAAGAAAAUGAUAUAAAUGUGGACUCUGAUGAUUCAGACUGUCAAGUUGUGAUUAAGAAAAAGAAAAAAGAAAUUCAAGCAGAAAAGAAAAAACGGAAAGAGGCCAUCACGAGUGCAGCCCAGAUGGCUGCAGCAUCUCUUUUCCAAAGAAAAACAGUUGCAUGCAACCCAGCAUGUUUGCAGGUACCUGAAUUUAAUACUGUUUCAUCUAAAAGCAUGCCUUCCUGCACAUCUCAAUCAUCCAGCACGCAUGUCCCUAGUAGUGUUCCAUCUCUAAGCUCUUCAUCCAGCACGCAUGUCACUAGUAGUGUUCCCUAUCUCAGCUCUUCAUCCAGCACGCAUGAUACUAAUAGUGUUCCCUCUCUAAGCUCUUCAUCCAGCACGCAUGACACUAAUAGUGAUCCCUCUCUCAGCUCUUCAUCCAGCACGCAUGUCACCAGUUGUGUUCCCUCUCUCAGCUCUUCAUCCAGCACGCAUGUCACCAGUAGUGUUCCCUCUCUCAGCUCUUCAUCCAGCACGCAUGUCACCAGUAGUGUUCCCGCUCUCAGCUCUUCAUCCAGCACGCAUGACAUAAGUAGUUACCCUUCCCCUUGUAUGACACCAAGUAUGCUUGACACCUCCAGCACGCAUGUCACAAAUGCGUAUCCUGCAUUAAAUUUCAAUUCAACAUUAACUCAUCCAAAUCAUCAUAUUUCACAACCCUUGGGUCUUGCUAGUUUAAAUGUGUGUUCUCCCAGUCCUGAUGCAUCAACCAGUAUGAAUCCCAUUAACAGUACUAGUAGUUUCUAUCAGCCUUUUGCCUCUGUUUCCACUCACAGACUGGCAUGGAUCUUGCUGAUUUUUCCAUUCAACCCCUUCCUCCCUUAACUAGUUCAAAUUCAUCUCCAAUAGCAUGUCAAGCUCAGUCUUUCACCCCUCUUGUAAAUCCUCACCGCCCAAAACCCUGCUACCCACCAAUAUGGUCCCCAGUCUCCUAUCUACCAGCUGACAAUACCAGUGCUUCCUGCAGCUCCCAUAGUACAACGAACACUAACUUCAUGACUUCUUCAUUUAUGGCAAUAGAGGGAGCUGAAGUGGAUGAUUUUGAUCCCUCUGAAAUUUCUACUUCCACCCCAUUAAGUGCCAGUAGUGAUUGUCUUGAUUGUGUUAUCAAAGAUAAAAAAUUAAAGACCUUCAAGCUUUAAUUGAAGAGCUGAAAGAGAUUGCUUCGUCACCAUCUUGCGUGGAAAAUGCCAGUGCAAAGAAAAGACGAUAUCAACCAAAAACUAGACCGCAAAUUGAUAU